AUGGUGGGCGUCAAGAAAGCCGCGCUCGCCGAGGAGAGCGCCGAGGUCGAGGUGCUUUUUGCGAAUAUGGAGAAGCUGAAGGGCUUGACGAAGAAGAUCCAAGGCUCGCUGAACCGGUUGGAAACCAGCGGCAAGAGUGUCCAGGAGGCCAUUGGGCCCAUCUACGGAAACACGCAGAAGCUGCAGACCACCAACUCCAAUGUGGAUCGAAUCAUAGAGGCCAUCGACCGCAUAAGGCAGCCUCUCGACCAGAGAGGCCGCGAAGAGCAGAUCAUCAAUGCUGGUCCGAAGAAAGCAGGCCUCCCAGACUUCAUAGCGUCCUUGGACCGCACUACACAGGCGCUUAGUGACCUCAAGCAUUCGAACCUCCGCUCAAACCAGCAGGCUAUUGGGGAGUUGAACUCGCUGCUGAAGAGAGGCACCAAACAAUUAGAGGAUGUUUUCAAAGAAAUCCUCCGGGAGGAUGCGCGUCCAGUCGAGCCGUUGCAUUACAUUACAAAGCAACUGCCAUUCCCCACAUUGCCGCAGGAGAAAACGUCGAACUUGCGAACCAUCAACUCGCACAUGGCGGCCUCGGUUGCGCAAAUGUCCCAGACUGGAGAAACGCCCUCGGCGAAGAUCUAUGCCGAAGUUCGCGGAGAGUACAUAACGAACACUAUGCGUAAUCUGGCGGCUGCUUGUAUGAACACCGCCAGAAAGACUACCGCUGAUGCGAUUUACCGCCAAGGCACCAAUGGAAUUGGAACUUAUGCCUCUGGUCUGGAGGGUCUCUUCAUCGCCGAGUAUGAGAACAUCUGUCCCAUCUUUGCGCGUGAGGAUUGGGCUCGCGUUUACUCCCAAACGUGCCAGAUGGCUCUCAACGAGUUUGCUAAGACGUUGCGGGAGCUCAACAAUCACGUCAAGAGUAAUCUGACUACCGAUUGCUUUCUGGCAUACGAGAUUAUUGACAUCGUCUCUAAUCUCUCGCUGCGCCUGGAAAAGCAGACGGGAGAGUUGAAGCGGCCGAUUGCUGAUUCAGUCAAGCCUAUACGCGAAACUGCGAAAACCUCGCUGCGUACGCUGUUGGAAGAGGCACGCAACAAGGUGGCCACGCUGAUUGCCAUUCCCAUUGAUGGCGGUGCCUCCAACACGACUAAUGAAAUGAUGGCACGCCUUCAACAGAUGACCCACUACCUUGAUCCUCUCUCCUCGAUUCUCAUAUCAUUGGGAGAUGGGGGCUGGUCGACAGCUUCUGCUUCAUCGUCGACAACUUCUCUCAGCAAGUCGUUCGACGUUGGAGCAGAUGGCCGGCAACUCUUCGCUCACUAUGCCAUGGAAAUGAUCGAAACUCAAUUGAAGGAGCUCGAUGCCAAGGGUCGCAUGUUGCACAAGGGCAAGGCAUUGCAGGGCGUCUUCAUUGCGAACAACGUCGCCAUCAUCGACAGGAUGAUCCGUUCCUCUGAUCUUUCCAUACUGCUGGGCGGCUCGGCGAAGGUGAUCGAGACAUGGCGGAAACGGGCCACGCAGAUGUACUUGGACGCCUGGAAAGAGCCAUCCGGCUGUCUUCUUGACGUCCAGUAUACAAACCGCGGGGGCCGGCCCCACUCGGGUGGCGCAGGAUCCGUCGACUCGGCGGCGGUGGUCAAGAACCUCAGCUCCAAGGACAAGGACAACGUCAAGGAGAAGUGGAAGAGCUUCAACACGUCGUUUGACGAGCUGAUCGCCAAGCACAAGAGCUACGCGAUGGAGAAGGAGGUCAAGGCGCACCUGGCGCGCGAGGUGCAGACGAUGAUCGAGCCGCUGUACGGGCGCUUUUGGGACCGGUACCAUGAGAUCGACAAGGGCAAGGGCAAGUACGUCAAAUAUGACAAGUCGCAACUGGCAGCGACGCUGUCGAGCCUGGCGUGA